AUGCUAAUUGGUGGGAAUGCUUUGUUUUCAGGUGGUGGUCAAUUGCCGGGGUCAGGUGACGUGGGAAGGAUCGGUUGUUGGGGGGAUUUGGUAUUAUGGUUUGUUGUUGACGUUUUGAAUGUGUGUCUUCAAGGAUUUAAUUUAGUUAGUGGCGUUGUAGUGAUCGGUGAUGAUGAUGGGGUCUCGGUCCGAGACAUCUCAUUCAUGAAAUCUAGAUGGAGCAGACAUCCCGAUCAUCUAGGUAACCCCAAAAUUGAGACGAAUCUGAAUCCGGGGACAGAGUUUAAAUCGAAGAGCAUGACGUGCCGCGCUGACUUAAGCCUACGAUUUCAUUUGCUGAAAGGCUGCUGCUGGGGUUUCCAGGCAUGUGAAAGCCUGGGAGUCUCUCUCUUGCCCUCAGAACCCGUCAUUCAGUCAGUCAAGAAGCACAGGCCAGAGACAGACAAAAGAAGGACCCAUCGAAUCCACUUAAGACAGGCUGAACAUUCGUUGAUCCCCUCAAAAAGUAGAAGAGAAGAUACCGGACCGGAAAAGGGAGAGGAGGGAGGAGGGGGUCAUAGAACGGUAAUCGUACGGUACAUACCCGAGUUGAAUGAAUUGAAUGGGGAAGAAAUGAGCCUCGGCCGAGUGAGUGAGUCUCUCCCCCGUCGGCUUCUGAAUGCCUGGCUCUACUCUUCUUCCCCCGGAUCUCCUGGUGCUUAA